AUGUAUCUAAUUGGAAUUGCGAGCUCUGGAUGCAAGACAUGCGCACCAGCUUUCGGUGCCGACCAAUUUGAUGAACGAAACCCAAAUGAAUCCAAGUCCAAAAGUUCAUUCUUUAACUGGUGGCUAUUUGGAUUAUCUGUUGGAUCGUGCAGUUCUCACUUGGUAUUGAACUAUGUCCAAGAUAAUUUGGGAUGGUAUAGAGCAUUUGGAAUAUCAACCAUUUUAAUGAGCAUAGCGCUAAUUGUAAUCAUGUUUGGAGCUCGAUCUUACCGCUAUACUCUGGAAAAUGACCCGGAUAAAGUAAACCCGUUGGAAGGGUUAACUAACGGUUUAGUUGGCGCGGUCAAGAAUUGUAGAACCAGCUCUCAUCACUGGAAAUCUCCAUGCAAGUGGAGCCAACUACUAGCAAUACAACAGCGCAAUUGGUUCCGGUCGAUAGGAUCAGACUUUCAGAUACCCGCAGCUUCAAUUCAAAUAUUUCUCACCGUAUCCAUUAUUCUGUUUGCGGCAACAUACGACUGGAUCUUUGUUCCACUUAUUCAAGCUUUUACUGGCAAAUCUAACACUAUUACUUCACUUCAGAAAAUUGGUGGUGGCAUAUUUGUUUCUUCCAUAACAAUGGUUGUAGCAGCUAUAGUGGAGAACAAAAGGCUUAAAAUUGCUCAAGAGUUUGAUUUGAUUUAUGAUCCAAAAGCAACGGUUCCUAUGGAGAUGUCUUCAGUCUUGCUUAUAUUUGUCAUUCAGAAGGCAAGCAGUGCAGGCGGUCAGCACGGAUGGCUAGCAAACAACAUGAAUCAAGCGCAUUUAGACUAUUUCUACUGGUUUCUAGCUGGACUUAGUGUAGUAGAGCUGGUUGCAUUCCUAAGUUUCUCAAAAUCAUCUGUGUACAAGCAAUGGAGCUCCAAUGGGAAGUUACCAGCUCAUAUUCUUCAUUCUUCUUCUUACUACUUACUUAUCAAAAUGAGUUCCGGUGAAAACUGUUCGAGUGUGAAUCCAGACUUCAUGUUUGAUGCAGAGAUAUUAUAUGAUCCUAGCAAAGCACAAUCAGAAUUUGAUUUCUUGCAACUUCAAGAAAAAGUAGUUGAAAUUGAGAAACGCAUGAAUGAAAAAGUUCAAAAAAAGUUGCUGAAAUUGAGAACUGCAUGA